AUGGCCAGUGACUGUGAAAGUGACAACUCAUAUGAUAGUGAUGAUUUAUGUGAUGAAAUUGAAGAAAAUGAAGAGAUUCAAACACUUCUUUUAUGUGGGCUUGCUGUCAAAGGGUUACUAUUGACUCAUAAAUCGAAAUAUGUAUGUAGAGAUCGCCGUUCAUCUUCGCGUACAGGAAGCAUGUUUAUCAAUGAAAUACUUAACGAUCAUGAGAGCCGAUGUUAUGAACUUUUCAGAUUACAAGUCCCAGUUUUCAACAUGUUAUGUAGGGAUCUUGUUGCACAUUAUGGGUUAAGGAAAUCACAUCGUGUAUCUAUUGAAGUGUCCCUUGGAUUGUAUUGGUGUCAUCAAUGGAACACACGUGAAGGUCUCUGUUCCGACAUGACCAAAUCAAAUACAUUGGACAAAAGAAUUGCGUUACUCAAAAUAUUAUGGCAGCAUGUGAUUUCAACAUGUGUUUUACCUUUGUAUGGGCUGGAUGGGAGGGGACUGCACAUGACAUAA